UCCAUGUGAUGGGGCCGCUAAAUUAAAUAGAAAUCAUGAACUUUUCAAUAGUAAGACAUCAGUGAACGCAUUCUAAGGGAAUCACUUGGGUCCAGCCAUCCCUCAAGGCAAGGCAUAUGGGGGAAGAAGGAAACAGGGACCAAUGUAUCAAUUUAUGAGGUUCCAAAGACCCCUCACGUUGUUUUUUAUUGGACCGGCGACCAUUAAAGAAUAAAGAGAGCUAGAUGCGAGCUCCACUUCCCCACUCAUGUUAGGGACUCCAUAGAAUGCUGCAGCUUAGCUAGCACUCCUCCCUAGUCUUCUCCUCUGCAUACAAGGGGUUCCUCCAUUUAUGAUAGAAGACUGAAGGCUAGCAGGGACUGGAAGAUGGGGUACGAGGCAAAGCUGGUUAGGAGCUUCAGCCGCAUCGAACCCCAGAAGCUCGGACUUGGAUUGCUUGCUACGUGUUUUCUGGUCUCGUUAGUCUACAUUUCAGUGACCGAUACCUUUGCAGUCCGUUUUCCCAUUUUAAAUUCCUGGCUGUCAUCGUCGAAGCGUGCAGCUGCAACCAGUCCUCUGGUUGAAACUACACUGAGUUCUCCACAACUAGAGGUGGGGCUGGAAAAUACGACGCAUGAGAGCCGGCCGAGCUGCGACGAUGCUGACCCAAGAUCAAGUGUUUGUGGAGAGAAUGACGCCAUCGAGACGCACCAGAAUUCUUCCUCCACAGCUUCUUAUGUUCCCUUUAGAAAAGAAGAGUUUUCAAACAGUACUCAAGAACUAGUGUCUUCCUCUCAAUCUUUAGAGGUGGGGCUCGAAAAUACGACACAUGAGAGCCGGCCGAUCUGCGACGAUGUUGACCCAAGAUCAAGUGUGUGUGCAAAGAAUGAUGCUACCGAGACAUAUCAGAAUUCUUCCUCCACAGCUUCUUAUGUUCCCUUUAGAAAAGAAGAGUUUUCAAACGGUACUCCGGAAGUAGGUAGUGAAAAGGUGGAACAGGGAAUAAGCCAACCAUGCGACACAAAAUCCGGUCACUGUGAAACGGAUAGUGAUGGUAGGACCCAGAAGAACAUGAGCACCAUUGUUGAUCCGUUGCCUAUACCACUUACCAGCAGUUCCAGCGAAAAAGAUGAAAGGAUCGAAGAUUUGGAGGCUGAGAGAAAACCGUUGUGCGACACGUCUGCCCGAAGGGUCGACGUCUGCGAAAUGGACGGCGAUGUUAGGAUUCUUGGGAAGAAUUCCUCGGUGAUAUACAUGACACCCUCUAAAAUUGGUGCAUUAAGAAGAAGUGAAUCAUGGAAGGUCAGACCUUAUGCUCGCAAGACGGACAAGGCGGCCAUGGCUCACGUCCGGGAGGUGUCCUUGAAAUCAUUGGAAAAUUACGAGGAAGCCCCUCGUUGCACAGUUCAUCACACAGUUCCUGCCAUUGUCUUCUCAAUUGCAGGAUACACUGGAAAUUACUUCCAUGACUUCACCGACGUGUUGGUCCCUCUCUUCCUGACUUCCUACCAAUUCAAUGGAGAAGUACAGUUUCUUGUGACCAAUUUUAAACUAUGGUGGAUUCACAAGUACCUACCCAUAUUUAAGAAGCUCUCUAACUAUGAAAUCAUUGAUUUCGACAAUGAUGAAGGAGUACAUUGUUUUAAACAUGCGAUCGUCGGUCUGAAAGCCCACAGCGACAUGAUCAUCGAUCCCUCGAAAGCUCCGAAUGGAUAUUCCAUGGUCGACUUCACGAGGUUUUUGAGGAGCGCUUACUCGCUCGAGAGGAGUUCUCCGAUCAGGAUCGGUGAACAUCCCGGUAAGAAGCCAAGGCUGCUGAUCAUAGCAAGAAGUCGAACUAGAAGGUUUGUGAAUGUAGAUAAGAUAAUUCGGAUGGCAGAGAAACUGGGAUUUGAGGUGGUGGUCUCAGAGGCCGACAACAACGUGACUCGGUUUGCACAUAUUGUGAACUCGUGUGAUGUGAUGAUGGGUGUUCAUGGGGCUGGACUCACCAAUCUAGUCUUCCUUCCAACGAAUGCAAUCCUGAUACAGGUAGUCCCUUGGGGUGGACUGGAUUGGAUAGCUACAACUUACUUCAACAAGCCAUCCAAGGGCAUGAAUCUGAGGUACUUGGAGUACAGUAUAACUGAAGAGGAGAGCACUCUUAUAGAUCAGUACCCUAGAGACCACGCUGUCUUCAAGGACCCCUCGUCAAUUCACAAGCUAGGAUGGGCUGGUAUGAUGGAAGUAUUCCUAGUGAAGCAGAAUGUGAGGCUUAAUGUCAGGAGAUUUAGGCCUGUUCUGAUAAAAGCCCUCAAGCUUCUACAUCAAUAAUAGAACAGAAGAGUUAUACAGCUUUAUUUUAUCAUCCAUUUAAAAGUUUUCACUUCUACUACUUAAAAUUCUUUUCCACCCAAGAGGGUGGCAAGAAAGAUGUUUUACAAAAUGUAAUAAAUCGGCGCAAAACAUAAAGAUGUAGAUCGUGUUGUAUGCCUGUCCCGAUUCAUGAAUGUAGAGCUGGCUGUCCAAUUAUCUCUA